CCGGAACAAAGAGCGCCGGCGAGGCCCUUCGAGCGCGCGCGUCUUCACUCGACCCGGCGGUGAGUGGCGGGGAGGCGGCGCGGCGGAGAGCGACCCAGGAUAUCUUGUGCAGCCAGAAGAUGUCUCAUUUGGAGAGGCCUCAUCGAGAUAAAGAUUACAGGCACAGAGAGAGCCCCUUGAGAUACAGUGAUGGAAGAAGUGGGAAACCAUACCCACCAGAUGGAAGGUCGUUGCCAGGAGAACUUGAACAUUCAAGACCUUAUGCAGACCCUCACGCAAGCUACCAAGGAGCAACACACCCAUCCCAAUUUCAUUCUCCCAAAGGGACCUUUUCUGAAAAAUGCUCAAACGUGUGCUCAAGAAGAGGUAUCUUGCAGCUAGUUGAAAUCAUAGUCAACAUCAUGGUGCUCAUCUGCAUUGCGGCAACACAGGCCAGCCUAUCUGGCUUCAGCUCUUUCGGCGCUUUUGGCUCUUUCAGCCUCAACUCGAUCUACAGCCCGUUCGAAGGGACCGAGCUCCAGGAAGUGAGAGAUCUGGACAUGCAGUACAACCAGAUGCGAGCACCUGGCGUCUACGGUGGGGUGGCCUUCAGCCUGACCAUGAUGUGCCUCACCCUUCUCUUUCUUGUCGGCGGAGCCAAACCACUCCACCGACUCUCAGCCAAGCUGCUCUUCAUGGAGUGCCUCUUUGACACCCUCGCUUGCCUGGGGUACAUCACAGCCGUGGGGCUGUACCUCCAUUUUGUCAUGCAAGUCAAUGCCACAGAAGUAUGCAAACGGAGAGAGCGGCUGUACGCGAGGCAAGGCUACACCUCAAUGAACUGCAUUGUGCAGGGCGGAGAUGCGGCUGUGGCCCUCUUUGGACUUCUGGCGGCUUGCCUCUACUGCGCAAGCACCGUGGUCUGCGCCCUCACCCUUCGGAGCAAGCGGGAGCUUCGAAGGCAGGAGGCCAAGAUGCAGUAUAGUCUGGCAGGAACCGGCAGCGCGGGAGACCCUCGCAGGGCCCCCGAGAGCCUCGACGGCCGCAACCAGGUGCCCAGAGCCUUUGCCACCCUCGUGUAGCUUGUGCCCGGUGCAGGGGAAAGCCGCCUAAAGAAAUACAGUGGAAAUGGCUUCAUUUUGCACUGUGGAGUGCAACCACACAGUACAAAACCAGGGCUGUCCUUUUAAAAAAUAAACUUCCUUUGAUGGG